AAAUGUAUUGACUAGCUUGACAGCCAGCUAAAGUUAGCUAAAAGCUCUAACUAUAUUGAGUAAAUUCAAUUUGACGAAGCAUUACUAAAAUGUCAGAGAAGAAAAAAGGAAAGGUCACAGAAAGCGAAGAGGAAGGGAAUUUGCAAGUAUCCUACAUUUUCCCAAAUGGUGACAGAUAUGGAGAGUGCUGCGGGUCCACAGAGGGAGUCGUGGUGAGGCGUGGUAUGGGCAAACACACCUCAGCCAGUGGUGUCACCUACACUGGAGAGUGGCAUGAUGACAAGAUGAAUGGCAGAGGGACUCUGGAGCAUCCCUCUGGGGCCCUGUAUGAAGGGGACUUCAAAGACAACAUGUAUCAUGGCACAGGGACAUACAGCUUCUCUGACGGGACCAAAUACUGCGGCAGCUUCAGCAAGAACAGGUUGGAGGGUGACGGGGAGUUCAUCGACUCUCAGGGACUUGUUUGGAUUGGAGGCUUCCACAACAAGGCAGCUCCUGGAUUAAAACUUAAACUCAGCAUGUAACCCAUGACAUAAUGAAAGACUUUAGUAGUCAGCGUAUGACAGUGUGGUGCACACACCUCAUGGCACCGUGCAAUGAAUGAGUCAUUGCUUUGAGUCACACAGCCAAGAGUCCUCUUUGGAGGUGCUGAAACACAGUCUGUCUGUGUGUGUGUGUGGCUGUGUAAGCCUCAGUUAACCAACAGUGUUAAGCUAAAACUGUUUCUACUACAGUUUAUUUGGAAUCUUUUAACUCUUCAUAAACAGCGUACAAAUCUAGAUCGGUGGAGGAAUCCAUCAAUGUUCUGUUUCUUGAACGCCAACA